ACCAUCUCUCGCCUUCUCCGUCCACCGGAAACAAUGAUCCCUUACGCAACGAUCGAAGAUGCCUCUCUGGCGUUAGGCCGAAACCUCACGACCCUCGAGUCUCUCUGGUUCGAUUACUCCGCCGCGAAGUCAGAUUACUACCUAUACUGCCACAACAUCCUCUUCCUCUUCCUCCUCUUCCUCAUCUUCCCCCGUCCCCCCCUCCCUCUCGUCUUCGUCGAAUUGGCGCGAUCCGCCUCGGGAUGGUUCGAUCGGUACAAGAUUCAGCCCAAGGUCAAGAACUCCUUCUCCGACAUGUUCCGCUGCUACAGAGACGUGAUGAAGAUGUUCAUCCUCGUCGUCGGCCCUUUGCAGCUCGUCUCUUAUCCUUCAAUCCGGUAAUAAUAAAUGUUCGAUCUUUGGCUUGUGGGUGUUGGAGAUUUUGUCUGAUGAAUCUGUAAUUGGGAACAGAUGAUUGAGAUUCGGAGUGGGUUGCCGUUACCGUCGUUUGGGGAGAUUGCGGCGCAGUUAGUGGUGUACUUCUUGGUGGAGGACUAUACGAACUACUGGGUUCAUAGAUUCUUUCAUUCCAAGUGGGGUUACGAGAAGAUUCAUCAUAUACAUCAUGAGUACACUGCUCCUAUUGGGUGCGCUCCUUAUGCGCACUGGGCUGAGGUUUUGCUUCUUGGGGGUUCCGACUUUCUUCUUGGACCUGAUGCUCCUGGACACAUGAUUACCUUCUGGUUGUGGAUUGCUUUGCGCCAGAUUGAAGCCAUUGAGACUCACAGCGGAUAUGAUUUUCCAUGGACACUGAAAUUCAUUCCAUUCUAUGGUGGAGCUGAGUAUCAUGAUUACCAUCAUUACGUUGGAGGACAAAGCCAAAGCAACUUUGCUUGUUUCACUUACUGUGAUUACAUCUAUGGAACUGACAAAGGUUACCGAUUCCAAAAGAAGCUUCUUCAGCAGAUCAAGCAGGAGUCCAAGAAGAGCAACAUGCAGAAUGGAGGAGAUAAGUUAGAUUAGUAAAACCUAAAGGCUCCUCAGGGAGGUUUGAGUUACUUAUCAUAAGAUAAGUUAUAAGCAAUCUGCUAAUCUAAUCAAGUCAAGACUCACAAAAGACAGAGUAGUUAGUUUUUCUUCUCUGUCCUGUGUUACAUGGACAUGGUUGUGCAUCUUCAAAAUGUGUUCGCUUUUCUCGAUCAGAAUUGUUCCUUUUUUUUGUGCGAGAUUCUGACUCUUUUAGUUGAAGGCAUUU